AUGUUUCUGAUCUGGUAUAUAGCAUUAAUUUGCGUUCAACAUGUCGUACAAGGUACUGGUGAUGACCAAAAUUAUCCAUCCGGUAGGGGAACUUCUGCAGAAUCUGACUUUGACUGGACGAGUUUCAUCGAUUGGCCUUCAUCACCCGAGACAGUACCGAAGGAGAUACCUGCGAGCGUAUCGUACGAGCACCACGCACCCGAACCGAGUAAGCCUACAUCACAAUCGAAAGGCCUAGAUCGGGAAAGGAAAAAAGCAUACAAUCAUGAAUACUAUCAAAAACAAAAAAGUGACCCUCAAUUAUGGAGAAAAAGACUUGAUGAUCAAAAACUUAACAGACUCAUCAAAAUCAAGAGGGAAACGGCUUAUUUGGCAAGACUAAAUCAAGAAGACAGGGAAGCAAUUUUGAGGGAAAGAAAGGAAAAGAGGAAGCAAAGAUUAUUGAAAGCAAAGAAUACAUCUAUCGAAAAAGAGAAGAAGCUCGGCGGGCAAAAACGUGAUCUGAGCCCUGAAGCGAAAAAGAGAAGACGAGCUAUCAAUCGGAAAGCUGUACAGAAGUAUCGUAAAAACCUAAAAGAGCGAGCAAGCAGUCAGCAAAAUGGUAACACUGCUUUUGCGUCAGAUGGGGACAGACAGGCGUCUUCUCCAGCUAGUGAGGAGGGAAGCGCUGGCUCAAACUUUGAUUGGAUGACGUUGAUCGAUUGGGCUUCAUCACCCAAAACAACUUCCGAGCAAAUAGAUCAAGCUCAAUCAACGGAUCACCCUACACCUCAGCCGGACCAAAGACAUCGAGACCGGGCCAAAAUGCGGGCUUACAAUAAUGACUACUAUCUCAAGUAUAGAAAAAAUCCUGACUUAUGGAAGACAAGGCUAGAAGGUCAAAAGCUCAACAGACUCAAAAAUAUGAAGAAGAAGAAGGCAGCAUUCGAACAAUUAAGUCAGGAAGACAAGGAAGCAAUUUUAACGAAACAAAGGCAAAAGCGAAAGGAGCGAUAUCUUAGAGAUAAAAGUAAGAACAUAAAGCUUAGCGGAGCAAAAUCGUUUAUCCGUGAUCUAAGUCCUGAAUCCAAAAAGAGAAGACGAGCUAUAAAUCGGGAAGCAUCAAAGCGAUAUCGUAGAAAUUUAAAAGAACGAGCAAGAAAGCAACAAGAUGAUAAUCCUGCAGAAUAG